AUGGCGAGCCGAGCGGUGCGCCUUGUGACUUGCUGGCUGAUGCUACUGAUAAACAUGAUGGUGAGAACUGACGCUCAAUCGAGCAAUCCCUCGAUAAUUGCUUGGGGGUCGGCUACAGGAGGGACGUUGCACAUUCAAUGGAACCUAUCAACAGCAUUGGAUCCCGAUGAGCUUGAAGGAUAUCACGUGAUUGUGAAUAACCAAGAACGAGCGACUGUCGGCCCUGAUGCGAGUAGCUACUACCUUUAUGGACUGAGCAACAACACGGUGUACUCUUACCAAGUAAAAGCCAUCCUAGCCAAUGGAUCUGAGCCGUUGUACUCGGAUGUGGUUGCUGCAACGACGCUGAAUCGCACAGCGCCGAAUAGUCCAGAUAUCCCUACGAAAGUAACUGUGAGUGGUGGUUUUGUUCAAGUGAGCGUCGAGACCCCACACGACACAGGCGGCGUCGCCCUUAGCAAUGUGACAGUCGUGGUUAGCGACAUUUAUGGCGUGGUGACAAGCCAGACUCUGUCCGUCACCAGCUCAGGCGUGCUUGUCUUCAACAGCUACGGCUUGAACGCUCGCACGAAGUAUUGGAUCUCGGCUUUUGCGACCAACGAAGGUGAUCUAGUGUCAUCAAACAGUGACCCAUUAGUGAUAACAACCACGGCGCUACAGCUUCCUGGCCCAUGCCCUCCACCCACAGUGGUAAAGGCAACAGGUGCCUCUGUUCUUCUGCAGUUGAAUCCACCACUCGAUGACGGUGGAAGUCGUAUCCAAGGUUACAACGUCUACAUAGCUGCAGAUGAUAUUAGUGAUUUCACUGAAGUCACCACGACAAUUGACACCGAUAAAAUCGAUGCAGUGGAAAUUUUAUAUUCCUCCGACUCAGACGAUGAACCACUUCUCCCGAAUACCCGAUAUUUUUUCAAGGCAGUGGCAGUCAACCUUGCGGACAUUUGUAUCUCAGUGCCGAUCAGUCUGCAGCUGACGAAUGGGACGGAAGCUUGGACUACUGCAGCUUCUGUUCCUGGGGCACCACCAAGUCCAUACUUCUUGAAGGCAACCGGCGGCAUGAUUACGAUGCUUCUAUUGAAGCCGACAAAUAUGCAAGGUGUAAAUUGUACCGGAUUUUCGAUAAAGAUUGGUGAUGCCGCUGGAAAUUAUUUCGAGAACAGCGUUGACGCUGACGACGACGUGAUGUUUAACGCUACAUCUCUGCAAUCAAACUCUAGCUACGCAGUCUUUGUUGCGGUUAUUACGGAUCUGGGGACCUCUUUGUACAGUGCCCCAACCAUCAUGAACACGACAGUGCCGACAGCCCCGUCAAACCCUCGCGAUAUAGCUGUAACGAAUGUUACUGAAAGCAGUGCACUGCUGGAAUGGUCAUCGCCUUUUGAUAGUGGAGACGCUGAGAUAACAGGAUAUACGAUCAUUUUGAUGUCACCCGGAAGACAGGAGGAGAUAUCGGCGAUAUCGUCUCCCAUUCUGAUUGAAAACCUUGCUGCCAACAAGAUGUACACUGUAAAAGUGACUGCUGCCAAUGCCGCUGGGAAGAAAAGCGCUAGCACUAUCGGUGGAUCGUUUAGCACACUGUCAUUAACACCUCCAGGUAAGCCAUUGGACAUAGCGUUGAUCUUCGCCACUGGAGGAGCUAUCGAGAUUGCGUGGAAUCCAUCCCAAAACCGAGGAGGUGAAUUGCUGUCCGCAAUUGAGUAUAAAACCACAGCUUUCCGCGCUACUCCAUGCUUUAACAGCAGCAUCUCGAGUCCGUGUUCGGCGUGUAAUUCCGUGAAGCUAAAAGACACUCAGUACCAACUGAUCGAGGACGCAUUACUGUGCCAACAACCUACAACACAGUGCCCCGAUAGUACAUUUAAUUGCUGCCUUACUCGCCAUGGUAGCAGUCAUGGGUUCGGUCUUUCGUGUGGAUUAAUGACACCAGUAACAGGACCACGAGCGGUGGUGGGCACAACAUCAGCAAUUUUUAAUGGGCUGAACUACUCGUCAACCUACUAUUUCAGUGUGCAAGCAAGCAAUCGUGCUGGAAAGAGUACGAUAUCCGAACUCCAGGGAUUCCAGACGACGGUUCAAACCUCCCCAUCGUAUCCUGCAAGUUUGCGUCAACUUGGAGCAACAGGUGGAUCGAUUCAGUUCACAUGGGAUUCUCCGGUGGAUACUGGAGGUGGCCCGGUUGUUGGGUAUCGCGUAUAUCGAAACUACGAACUGUUAACACCCAGAUACGUUAUGCCUCCGUACAGUGAUUGUAGUGGGAUGGCGGCGGAAACGACCUAUGUGUACGGUGUUGCUGCUGUAAAUGCGUCAUUGGUCGAAGGUGCUAUGGCUGUUAUAAAGCUUUCCACUGAAGCUCUGUCGACUCCAAUGGCACCGACGUUUUCUCUAAUCGGGAGCAUGUACAACCGUUUGCAAGUGAGCGUGACUCCACCCUGCGACACGGGAGGAGAGCCUUCACUGAGUUACCAGUACAUGGUGAAAAAUGCUGGAACUGUCGUUGAUUCAACCAGCUUUAAUUGCUGCAGUUUUGUCCUGGAGAACCUGGAACCGAAUCAGUCUUAUUCUGUUCUAGUCAAAGUGGAAAAUUCCCUGGCUGCGCCAUCUACCUGGGCUCAAGCGAUGUUUAAGACUGCGUCUGGUAUCCCACCAACCCCUGUUGCUACGUUGCUGCAAGUGAACACUUACAGCGCAGUUAUAGCAAUCGGGUCAAAACCUUACGACAAGGACACAAGAUCAUACGAUGUAUUUCUUCGGCGAAACGGUAUUGAGAUCCAGAACUACACUGUAUCAUGCGAAGAAGACGCCAUCUUUGACCAUUACGUUUGUCCGACUUCAUACAAGUUGGAGAUGUUGAAGGCAACGACUGAGUAUGAAAUCAGUGCUCAGGCCAAUGGUCCGCUUGGAUCAAGUGCAUCGAACCCUGUUUCCUUCAAAACUAGCGAUAUCUCGCCUGGUGCAUUUGGGAUGGCAGAUACCAACUACAAUGCAGAUAAAGACGGGAUCAUCAAUACAGUUGUGCGUCGAAGCAACGGGACGUCAGGGGCUGUUGAGGUGGGCGUACAUGUGACUGGCCCUGACACGGUUUUUCUGCGCUGCAAGCGUGCAACAAGCGGUGGUUGUGAUUGCACUUUGUACCUGAUUUCAUCUGAAUCUGUUCCACUGCCAUGCUACUUGUCGUUUGUCGAUGGACAAGAAAAUGCUAGUGUGGCAUUUUCGAUGUGGGAUGAUCAAUCGGCAGAGCUGCUUCCAUCCCAAGUUGUGGUGUCCCCAUUUGGAGUUGAUCUAUCUGGGCAGCAUUCAGCAGUCUUGCAUAUGGAUGCUCGACAAGAAGCGGGCUUUGUGUCAUUUCCCGCGAGCUCUUCUGUCAUUUAUGAAGACUCUUCAUUUGUCAUGAUAAACGUCUUGCGUCUCAAUGGAACGACGGGGAGAGUUACGUUCAGCUUUGAGUCAUUUGACAUUACCGCAGUUACAGGGGAAGAUUACGUUGCUGUGAGUGGAACUAUAGUACUGACAGACCAACAGAGCAGCACGCAGAUUUGGGUGCAGCUGAUCGACAACCUCGUUGUCAACUCUGAUAAAGUAUUUGGUCUUCGCUUGACUGGUCAGACCGAAUUAACCGGUGCAGAUCAACUUCUGACGCAUAAUGUGACGAUACAUGAUGACGAGAGUAUCUCGAGCGCUGUGCCCAGAAAAACUGAUAACAUCUCAAUUGUUUACUCGACUGGAGGAGAAUUUGAGAUUGGAUGGACAAGCACUGCUUCUGAUGGAGUUAACGUUACGGGAUACUUGGUUCGUGUCUCGAAUGCAAGCUUGGGAACGUUUUAUAGCGUCUUCAACACGACACAAACAAUUUUUACGUUGUCGGGGCUCUCAGCACGAAGUAUUUAUCUCGUCGAAGUUGCAGUUUGGAAUCAUUUUGGCGUGGGGGAAUACUCUGAUGCUGUAGAAGUUGCAACAACGGAUGCUACUCUUCCAAGCUCCCCGCUUUCGUUAAGUGCUACAGAUAUUUUCAACACAGAGGUGACACUGACGUGGAAACCCCCUCGAGAUGACGGCGGAAGUCCAGUAGUGGGAUACCAUCUUUCUGUCGAAGACAUGGAUGGAAAUCUGUUGCUGUCGGAAUCGAUCAAUGCUACAACUUUGCUGGUGGUUGUGGACGGCUUAAACGCCUCCAGCUACUACGAUUGCUACGUUUCCUGCAGUACUGAGUCAUUUCCAGAUAGUAUGGAUGACACAUCCACGGCACAAAUACGUAUUAAAACUGCGAUUGGAGUAGCUCCAAGUGCCCCUCCGGCUGUGACUCUUGUAGGACAACCUCGCGGAGGAACACUUGUAUUCUUAAUGCGGCGACCCAGUGAUAAGGGCGGUAUGCCGUUAUCACAUUGCGCGCUCUAUCUCCGGAAGACCACCGAUACUGCCUCUACUACAAAUGAAGUAUUCACGAUUGCAUGCUCGAUGGAUUUGUCGGCAUUUGAGGAUGCAGAUCCUACGUGUACGAGCAGCAAUCUUUUGGUGAGCACAAGCUACGAAGUAUAUACAGUUUUCUCCAAUGCUAUGGGAGAGAGUCCACCAGGAGAGUGUGCAGUUUUCAUAACCAACUCUGUCAUCGCCUUACCAUCGCCACCUCUAAAUUUGCGUGCUCCUACAAUUACAGCUGGCAAUAUCGUGCUUGAAUGGGAUGAGCCUGAUGAUCUGGGAGGGGCUGCGGCCGUUAUUGGAUAUAUCGUUUAUCAAAAGUACGACGUUUGGAACGAUGACUACUUUACUCUUUACGAUGGCCAAGAUUCCAGGGAUCGAAGCCUCACAGCUAGAGGACUAACGAGGAAUUUGACGUACUUUUUUGCUGUCGUCGCGCUCAAUGACGCCAGCUUUUGUGUUGAUCCUGAUCAGCACAAUAUGAGCUCCUUUUUGGAAGUAUCGACCCUCACCUCCAGCCCACUGGCGCCCCCGGGACUGGUUUAUCGUAUUUCAGCUACGGGAGGUGCAAUAACGAUCGGCUGGACUGUUCCCGAUGAUCUAGCCGGACUGGAAUUGCAAGGAUACUACGUUGAAUUGGUAACAACUAUUAGCUCCAGUGGCUUUGAACUACUAAGCAGUUUUCCGCCUGGUGUGUCGAGUUUUACCCAUUAUGGACUUUCCGAAAGCGCAAGUUAUAGUUAUGCUGUUACUGCUACGAACCAAGAAGGAUCCAGUGAGAGAAGCAUGAUUCUAACUACAUCGACGUCUAUUGCUUCAAGACCGACUUGGGUACAAAGUUUUCGUUCCGUGAACAACACUGGCGGCAGCAUCACUCUAACGUGGGACCCACCCCAGGACACGGGAGGGCGACAAAUCGAGCAUUAUGAAAUUACUCGUACUGGCCGCUCUACUAGCUACGUUGCGACAAGCACCACGUUUGAAGACCGUUCUGGUUUAAGUGCUUCGAGCGGCUACACGUACACGAUAGCGGCGUUUAACGGAUUGUACAGUGGCUACGCAACCUCUGCCAACGCUGUAACUGGAUUGCCUGUCAUUUCAGAUCCUCCAGUAUUUGAAAGUGUUGCCUCUUUCGGCGGACGGCUUGAAGUCUCGUGGGUGGCGCCUGAAUUCACUGGUGGAAUAUCAGUCACUGAGUAUGUGAUUACACUGUUUAUUGGAGAUGAGUCGGCCGCAGUCGAGUCAAUAACUACGACAGCAUUAUCCUGUACCUUCAUGAAUCUCACAGCAAGUACACCUUACGUAUUAUCUGGACAAGCAGUGAAUGAUCAAGGUGAAAGUCUUCUUGUGAAGUUUACAGUUGAGACAGCAUCCCCUGAUGAUCCGGAUGCUCCACCGAUCCCUGAAGCAAGUAACACUCGAGGUGGAAGUGUGGAAAUUCACGUCGCAAUGCCAAAUUAUACUGGUGGCGAGGAAGUUACGUUGAUUUUGUAUCAGGAUGACACGCGCGUGUAUACUUUUGUAAACGAAUGGGGUGUGACGAUCUAUGGAUUAGUAGCAGAGACCGUCUAUACGUUCAAAGUUUCUGCGAAGAACUCAGCCGGUGAAAACAAAAGCGAAUCAUUACCAGUCACCACAACCGCGAUUUCCACGCCAGGUCAAGUUCAAAACCUUCAAAAAGUAUCUGUCACAUUCAGCCGAAUGACAUUGACGUGGGAUACAGUUCAGGAUACGGGUGGAGACGAGCAUAUUCAGUAUGAAGUGACGUUCUUCAAAUGUGAUAGUACAGGUGUACUAGAGGAGGAUCCGCAGAUGAAGAUGACUGACUCUACUAGAAUUGUGCUUGAAGACUUGCAGCAUUCGUCCUUCUACAGCAUAAGUGUGGUGGCGAUAACUAGCACCUCUCUUGUCGGAGAUGUCAGUUCAUCGGUACUGGUUGGAACCGAGCAGCCUUUCGAAGGGAUAAUUGUUGCUGCGUCUUCGGAAAUGGCAGUGAAAGAAGACGCAGGGAUCGUGUAUGUACCGAUAACCCGAGUGAAUGGAUCGUUCGGUAAUGUUUCAUAUUCGUUCGACGUUGUUGCUGGAUCAGCGCUAGAUGGAGUAAAUUACGUUCGCGCGACUGGAACGAGAACAUUGAUGGCAAAUGUUGUGUCGGACUCUGUCGAUAUUUCGGUCAUCAGCGACACAGUGUACAACCCUGGCAUUACAUUUCAGGUUGUCAUCACGGAUUCAACCACUGCGCUACAAAGUACUACCGAUGUUUAUCUGGAAGAUGACGGUGACGCUGGGUUUGUUUCGUUUGCUGAUCCAGCGCUUAUGGUUUUGGAGAAUAGCGGGACUGCUUACCUCACGAUGACUCGAACGGGAGGAUGUAGUCCAGGAGCAGUUAUCGAGACUUUCGUGAGCAGUAACUAUAGUGUGGUUAAUCGAUUCCAGUUGGUGGAUGUAACAGUUGUAUUCGAAGAGAACGUCACACAACAAACAAUCUCGGUUAGUAUCGCGGAUGAUUCUGAGUUCCAAUACGUCGCCGACAGCAUCACGAUAGGCUUUCAUAUUGUCGAAGGUGGAGUACUAAACGGAACGUACACUACGGCAGCGGUGACUGCGCUUGAUGAUGGAGAUAUCUCGUUACCUAAGCAGUGCUUAAAUCUUCAAAAAAUAUUGGUUUCAGGUGGGGCUUUGGGACUACAGUGGACGCCACCAGUCGAUCGAGGAGGUGCGGAUAUCACUUUGAGUUACUUGGUGAGCGUAGUGGCUGGAACUGGGAUUGUCAUCACGAAGGAAUCCCCGACUGAAACGAUAACCUUGUACGGAUUGAACCAGUCAACAACCUACCAGUUAUCAGUACAAGCUGUGAAUUCUGCUGGAGCUGGAGUAUCAAGCACGUCUUUGCUCAUCGCCACACGUCCUGCAACAGCACCGACUGCACCUCGUAACAUUCAAGUUGUAAGUGCGUCAAGUUCUAGCGUACUCAUUAAAUGGGACUCUCCGUUGGACGAUGGUGGGUCUCCGAUCGUCGCUUACAAGAUCUACAAGGUACAAGAAACCACCACUAGUACGCGGUCGCUCUUUUCGUCAGUUUCCUGCUCAACCCCGACGGUGUGCACCAUCAAGCAACUGCUAGCUCUGACAUCGUACAGCAUUCAAAUUCAAGCAUCCACAGCAUUCGUGACGCAAGGUGAAUUCUCCGAAGUGGUAGCGCUCACUACGUCAAAUCCUGACUACCCUGACAUGCCACCAGUAGCUGCUGUUACAUGGGCUAGUGCAGGAGCCAUGACCGUCGCAAUGUUCGACCCAGUCAACGUUGGAGGGUCCAUUAUUCAAGAGUACCGGCUUUUCAUGAGGGCAGAUGAUGAAGUUGAGUUUGCUCCAGUCUACAGCGGUGCGUCUGCAGAGCACACGGCUUAUCGCUUGAGUUACCAAACCGUCUAUCACAUCAAGUAUCAAGUCGUGAACUCUGUCGGUCCGAGUGCGUACAGUCCGGUCAUAUCAAACCAAACGCUGCCCAAGUCGCUACCAAGUGCACCAACUAAUGUCAGUGUCAUCGAUAAGACCGGAGGUGCAAUAACACUGGCAUGGAAUGAGCCACUUGACGUUGGUGGGCGUGAAGUUACAGGUUACACGAUUAAGAUCGCUUCAAUCGGUAGCAACGCAACAAAUGUCAUUGGAUACGACGGAAAAGGUAUUCUCGCUCGAGAAGGAACAGUCUACGGACUGGCAGCUAACACUGACUACAGUAUGCAAGUAGUCGCAUACUUGGACGUAUCGAGCUGCUUCGAUUCAGCGCUACAAGCGUGGAGCUCGGUUGUUCAAGCCUCUACCACAACUGCAACACCUCCGCGAACAGCUCCAGAGCUUCUUGUUGGCCACUACACGGGAGGAAUCAUUGAGUUGGUCUGGAUUCCACCGAAGGAUAAAGGAGGUGUUCCUCUUACAGGCUACACCCUCUAUCUAAAUUCUAAAGAGCUUUCAAGCGUGAUUUUCUCGACCAACAAUGCGAGUGUACUGUCAUUCGUACACAACGAUCUCACGGCGAGUACGAAGUACACGUAUGCGAUCAAGACAUCGAACGCUGCUGGCGAUAGUCCACUCAGUUUGCCUCUCAUGGCUACGACAGACAUGAUCACUUUUCCUUCAGCACCUUUGAACGUUCGACAACUGACUUAUACUACUGGAGGUGCAAUCACGAUUGGAUGGGACCGCUCGUUUGAUACUGGAGGACAACCUAUAGCUGGAUAUAUGGUGUAUCGAAACGGAGACCUUGUGAGCGGGACGUUAUCUGCAGAUACGAGGAGCUUUACCAACAAAGAUCGUUUGACAGCUAACACGAGUUACAGCUACAAUGUUCGAGCCAUCGCUCAGAAUUUAAUGGUAUCUGUCUCCAGCGAAGAUUGCUCUGCUAAAACAACGGCAGCGACGAAACCACAGAAGCCACAGUCACUCUCUGCUGUUCCGGGCUCUAGUUUUCUGAACGCAUCAUGGAUACCCGAUGGAGACUCUGGAGGACUACCAAUAACAUCCUAUGGCCUGAAGUUGAUGCUAGGUUCGUUGCUAGUGGAGAACGUCACUGUGAAGACUGCUUCGUACUAUCUCUUUACUGGACUUACCGCCAGCACGUCGUACAGUGGCUACGUUAAAGUCAAUAACGACAUCGGUACAAGUGAAGAAGUUAGUGCCACGUUGACAACGACCUCUGUGUCUGUGCCAAAUAGUCCCAAUAAACCCUUGGUUACGUCUGUUUACGGCGGAAAUUUCACGAUUCAAGUCGAGCCACCGCUGUUCACUGGAGGAUCCCCCGUAACUGACAUGAAAAUCUACGAGUAUAUCCUCGAUGUUGCAAAGUUGAAGACGACUCUGAAGGUGGUUCCUGGGAGGCCAACAAGUUACACAUUUUACAAUGUUACUGCAUCGUCGAAGUACCCAGUGGCUUGUUCAGCUGUCAAUUCGGUUGGCGAAGGACUUUUAAGCGACACCGUGACAAUUCAAACAACCCCCCAGAAUCAACCAGGGCCAAUCUUGACAGCCCCAGUUCCCAUUGGCGCUACAGGUACAGCGUUAUCGAUUUCUUGGAGUCCACCAGCUGAUACCGGUGGUAGCUUGGAUUUAUCGUAUGAAGUUCGAAUUGUGAACUCUAGUACGGAUGCGACCAACCCGACAAUUAACCUGACUUACACUGCGACACAGCUCGCUUACAGCAGUGUUUACAGCUUUUCGGUCUGUGCGGUAAAUAAGAAUGGACAUGGAAUAUGGAGUCCUGCUCGAACCAUAACGACACAGCCUGACGCUGCCGGUGAAUUCAAUUUUGCACAGUCUAGCAUGUCUGUACUCGAGAACGCAACGCAAGUAGCUCUUGUGGUACAGCGAACUUCUGGUCUUAGCGGCCGGAUUACGGUUUUCUAUUCAACUGAGUCGACAGGAACGCGGCCUGCUACCAUCGGCUCCGACUAUUUUGUCGCUAAAGACUCCAGCAUAACCACAGGGACGAUUGUAUUCGAGUCACUGCAGAGUCAAAACUCUAUCGUGAUCCUCAUUACCAACGACGCAGAUUACGAAAACCCUGACGAAACAUUCGCUGUCCGUUUCACUGGUGUCGAGUCUUCACUAGCAGAAGGGAGACCCAAAAUCGGAAGCAAUAAUGUUACUACAGUAACCAUUGUAGAUGAUGGAGAUGCUGGCUUCGUCAGCUUUGAGAAGCCGGCGUACGCCUUCUCCGAAGAUGCUCGAACUGGAACUGUUACUAUUAUUCGCGAAUAUGGUAAAAGUACUAGUAUUACACUCGGUUUUGACUUCUGGGGUGGUACAGCAUCACCAGAUAUCGAUUAUAGCAAGACAACAACUCCGGUUGUGAUGGACAGUGGCGUCACGAAAGCGAAUUUCACGUUCUCCAUCAUUAACGACAAGCUAUUUGAAUUCCCCGACGAAUAUUUCUUCAUUCGGAUGACAGUAAGCGGUGGGGCAAGGCUUCACCAGCCUGUUACGCGAAUUACGAUCCUCGACGACGGGGAUAUCUCGGAUCCUGGUACUUGUCCGCCACCUCAACUUUUAUCGGUAACAGGAGGUUUAGCUACGUUCGCUACGGACUUUCCUGAUCACAAUGGCAGUGCAACCGGAGCCAUAACGAAUUAUAUGGUACGUCUUAGCACUGAAACGAGCUCAAUGGACUUCACUAAAGCUGUGGCACCAACAUUUUCGAUCGGAAACUUGACCGCCAUGACAUCGUACAAUGUUACGAUUGCUGCCACGAACUCGUUUGGAUUGGGAACAUUCAGCAACUCUACACAGUUUUCAACAAUAGCGCCAUCGCUUCCUGGUGCCAGUACUUUGGUGUCUAUUGAAUCACGUACAGGAGGUCGAAUUUCCUUGGCGUGGUCUCCUCCUGAAGACUCGGGCGGGGUUCCAAUCGCCAAAUACCGUGUCUACAUCGUAGGAAAAUCUGAUGUCCCGCAGCUUGCUGCUGACUACUUGCAGCCAACUCAACGCGGAACGAUUUACGGACUAAGUGCUAGUACAGCAUACAAUUUUUCUGUCCAGGCUGGCAAUGCAGUCGGUGAAAAGAAUGGAUGGGGCAAUUUGAGUGCUUCCUUCCGUUUCUAUACUACGUUAGCCACUCAACCUGGGCCUCUUAUUCUUCAUUCAAAUGCAUACAAAAAAGCUACCGGAGGGAAAGUUUUCCUCAGCUGGAAUGCACCACUCGACACAGGGGGUACCAUGAUUUCUUCGUAUUCCAUCUUCGCGAGAAGUUUCUCGCGUCCGUGGUUUUUGUCCGCAACAGCUUCACCAAAUUCGGGUCCGUUAUUUGCCGGAGUUGCAGCGCUGAAUGCCAGCACUGCUUACGAAUUUUUCGGCUUAGCAGCGAGCUCAGUGCCGUCCAUGAUCCUCCCGGGAAAGUUUUCCAUCGCAGAGGGAUCACGAACUCUGCGCACAUCGGUUGAUCUAUCGAAUAGACUGUCGAUUGGGUCGGUCAUCUCAAUUCAGGAUUCUGUGUUUGUAGUCGAUGACAUGUCGAGUGCAAUAUCCGGAACUAUUUUACUGAAAUAUGACCACGUGACGACUUCGAUAAUAAGUCAAUCUGGAAGAAUUAUGGGUCAAGCCACGACGUUCACUACACUGAAUACUUCAGAGCCAACUCUACCGGAUCUCCCCCCUGCUCCUGUGUUGUCAAUAUCCACAGGAGGGAUGAUAAAUGUAACGCUGCUUUCGCCUGAAGAUACAGGUGGGAUCCCGAUCUUGGAUUUUUCGCUCUAUUGGGAUGGACAGAAGCUGAAUGAGGAUUCCUACGUGAAAACAACAUCAAAAGUGAAUUAUCUUCAAGUCAGAACGUUUGUGUCCGUGCCCAAGCUGAAAGCUCUGACAACUUACAACGUUAGCGCGGUGGCGCUGAAUUCCCUUUCGCUCUGUAACUUUGGACGAGUUACUACUGGACCAAGUAGCCUGUUCACCACAAUUAAAGUUACUGCUCCUGGCGCGCCGCUUUUAGUGACGUACAGAACAACUGGUGGUGGGAUUACGAUGAGCAUGAUUGACCCACACGACACAGGGGGCAGCGAGAUCCAGCAGUAUCAACUUUACUAUAAGCGGAAUGAAUCUGCUGACCCAUGGCAGCUCGUCUACAAUGGACCCAAACAUCAGGCCACUAUCGCGCGCUUGAAUAAUUCAAGUGACUACGCCUUCGUGGCUUCCGUCUACAAUGGAGAAUUUACAUCUAUGAACUCUUCGGUUAAAGUUGUCCGAACAAGCAAGAAUUCUCCUCCUGGCUCAUGUGAAGCAGCCAGGCUUGUGAACGCUACGGGAGGCAUGUUGAAGGUAGAAUGGGACUAUCCAGCUGACAAUGGCGGGUCUGAAGUGACAGAUUUCUACGCUACAAUCGCUUCGCAUUCGGAUGGAUCUGGUAGGACGACUGUGAAGACGAAUACGACAUCCUGCGCCUUCUACAGGUUACUAGCCGAAUCGAGCUACGAUGUCGUAAUUCGUGCUAAUAAUUCGUAUGGCUUGGGCCCUGAAAGUCCCAUUGUAACGUUUAGUACGACGAAAGCAACGCCUCCAGAGGGUAUAAUUGACGUGACAGUACAGAUGACCACGGGUGGGGCAGCAGAGAUCUCAUUUAGCGAGCCUAUUGAUCUCGGUGGAGCAAUCUCGAGUGACAUGAUGUACAGCAUUUAUCUGGAUCAAGACAACACCCUGAAUGUUUCUUACGACAGCCUGGAAGAGAGUUCGAGUUUUCCUAUUGGAACGAGAAGGUUGAGUGAAAACAUCCAUCGACGAUUGGAAACAUCAACUACAUUUUCAAAUAUUGUGGUGGGAGACAUGGAUCCAGAUACUUUGUAUGGGAUCCAGAUUCUCCCAAUUAGUAAAUAUGCCAGUGGUGGGAUCUCUUCCACAUUUGCGGUCGAGACAACUAGUGCAUCGAUUCCGAGCGCUCCCGUUGGCUUGAGUCGUGAUUUUGGGACAGGUGGGUCGGUGUCUCUGUCGUGGGGACCACCGGUAGAUUCUGGAGGGAUUCCUCUGAACGAGUAUACAUUGAGCAUGUCCAAUGUAUCGAAGGAUGGGCCUUUCACGAAAGUCUACGAGGAUUUCCAAGCUACUACCAUGAUAUAUAAACUACUUCCCGGUACAACAUACUGGGCUUACGUUACCGCGUGGAAUGACGUCGGAGAAUCUCCUCAAAGUGAAAUUCUCACGUUUACCACUCGUAGCGUUACUGCCCCCAGUGCGCCGCAGAACCUCAGAGUUGUAACCGUGGGCCCCACUUCGAUUGAUUGCGCUUGGGAGAUGCCGAGUGACAUUGGAGGGGACGCAAUCGACGUGUAUACUAUCACUGUGGUGACGGGUGACCCACCGAUCGUUCUGACUUUCACUACAAGACAAACUUUUGCAUCUUUGACUGGAUUGAGCGCAUCCACUUCCUAUUCCAUUUCGAUGACGGCACAGAACACGUUUGGAGACUCUAGUCCUCCAAGUUUGGCUAGAUACGCAAGGACAUCCUCAGGCGCAAACAUCCCGUCGACACCACAAAUUGGAUGCGUGUCGCGCGAUUCCGUGGAGCUUUCGUGGUAUCCGUAUCCUGGAGCUACUGCGACUUACCACGUCGAACGAGCAGGGGUAGAUAUCGGAACAACAACAAACUCGACUUUCGUAGACAAAACUACACUAUCCACAGCGACAUCCUACAGGAUUUGGACUACACAAUCAGCAGUCAGUGAACCAGUGACCGUGACGACAUUGGAUCCCUCGGAAAGCAUACUUGACGCAAUUUGUCAAGGAAGAUCUGGGCGUAUUCGCGAGCUCAAUUAUGCGAAUAAGGUCAACAAGGAAUGGAGAAUCAGUCCCAUGAGUUCGUACUCGUACAUUACGCUAACGUUUUCUACGUUCGAGCUUGAAUGUGACCAUGACUACGUGGAAAUUCUCGACGCACAGACAAAGGAGCGUCUAUGGAAAGGUGGUUGUAUACGAAUGGGGCGCUUCGUCUACCAAGCCAAAUCUUCUGUGAUUAUUGCAUUCACUAGCGAUGCUAGCGUCACAGCAAAAGGCUUUGACCUGCACUACGAGAUCGAUGGAACAACCGAGAUUACACGAAUUCCCCUACCAGGGAAUGGCAUCGCGUGUUCAGGACACGGUCGUAGACAAAGUGACGGUAGCUGCAAGUGCAGCGUCGGAUUUACCGGUGAAGGCUGCAACAACCGAAUCGUGUGUUGUUCAGAUCCUACACACUGUCAUCACGCAGUGUGUGAUCUGGAUCCUGACAAGGUUUUUGUUGUAUCGGGAGAAUUCGGCGAUGACGUGCAGGGAACUGGUCAAAUGAUGGAUACGAAUGAAAGAGGAACCGCUUCAAAAGCUGUGAAGACGAUAACUCGAGCUUUGCAGUUAAGUAAACCGGGAAGUGCAAUUCUCGUAUAUCCUGGAACAUAUUCAGGCUCUUUGAAUCGCGAUCUGAAUGUGGACUCAGCAGUUCUGACAAUAACCACGUUGAAAGGCCCAUUCUGGACAAAUGUUGACUGUGGUAAAGCAUCGCGCUUUCUUUUUCUCUCGACGUCCUCUAAACUGUCGGUGGAAGGUUUGGCGUUUCAAAACUGUGUGGAGGCAGACGGCGGAGUAUUCAAGAUUAUUGAUGGAGAGUUUACCGGGACCAAUUUGUAUAUAGCUGAUUCUAGCGCAACUCAUAACGGUGGAGCACUUUAUGCCAGUGGUAGUACCAUCACGCUUUCUCAGGUGGCAAUGGCGGAAACCUCGGCUGACGCGGAAGGUGGGGCCUUAUAUCUUGAAGACUCAAAUGCUUCUAUGAUUGAAUCUAAUGUGACCAAAAGUACCGCUCUUCACGGUGGAGCAGUGGCCUUAAAAGGUACUAGUUCACUAUCUACGACGGACACUCAGCUCUUCGAGAAUCUUGGAUUAGAGAGCGGUGGUGGAAUUUUUGUUGACGGUAUUGUUAUGCUCAAAGAUGUGUACCUUGCCAAUAAUGAAGCAUCAAGCGGCGGAGGACUUGCUAUGAAUAGUGGAGCGCUAGAAAUGGAGAACUGUAUCAUCCAUAACAACAAGGCUGAAAUUGGUGGAGGACUCGCAUUAAGAGGAAAUUCAGAUCUUGUCACGAUAGGAACUUCCAUUCAAAGCAACAAAGCAACUACAGGUGGUGGUGUAUACGUCUCCGGCACUAUCAGUAUUGCCUUUGACAAGCAAGUCGUAUCUCCUUCGACAAUCAAAUGGAACACAGCAAUGAAUGGAGCUGGAAUUUACGUUUACGAUUCACAUGCAAGUUUUCAUGACAUUACUGUGGGGAAUGGUCAUGCGAACGAGUCCGCUGGCGGUGUAGCCAUCGUGGAUAGUACUGUUGAAUGGUUGAACAUGAUUAUUCAAGAAAACGAGGCGCUGGAAGGCGGCGGUCUCGUGCUAAAAAACUCGCAGCUGACUAGUAAAGGCCCAGUUCUCAUUUCGGAAAAUACUGCAGUAAAUGGAGGCGGGAUCUGGAUGACCGCUAGUACGAUGACUGGUUUGGUUGAUACUCAUUGUCUCCGUAACAAAGCCACCGAGAACGGUGGUGCGAUAUUCGUUGGAGGAGACGCUACAGUGAAAAAUGUCAAGCAAGAGCUCAACGUCGCUCCCAAUGGUGGAUGUGUCUAUGCGGAGAAGGCAAAUAUCAGUCUAGAGAACUGUGUACUCACCAAGUGCUCAGCUGACGUUGCUGGAGGUGGAAUGUGGAUGACAGAUAGCCACAUUACAGUGAAGAACGUUAUCUUGGAACUCGGUACAGCUCCGGAUGGCGGAGGGGUAUUUGCUAUGACGAGUUCCAUUUCAGGUGACAUGACAAUUAAGGUCUGCACUGGAUUAAACCAUGGAGGGGGGAUGUAUUUGAGCGGAGAAACUUUGAUUGCUGGGGUUUCUGUGGAUAAUUGCGAUUCAAUUAAGGGAGCUGCCGCAUACGUCGUGGACGCUGAUGUUAUAGUGGAAAACAGCGUACUAUCCAACUCCUACGCUUCCAUUAACGGGGGCGGACUUUAUAUUGCAACUUCAACGAUAGAACUGAAAGACACGAGCAUAGUGGACGAUACUAGCGCCAUGCUAGGUGGUGGUGUUUACAUGGAGAAAUCAAGUAUCAUUCACGACGGUGCAUUGAUCGAGCGAUGCGCUUCAAAUCUUGGAGGCGGCCUGUAUCUAAAUGAGAGCAAAAUAUUAGCGAAGACGUUAUUUUCGUCGUCGCAGGUGUCAACAAACAAGGCGUCGGACGCAGGUGGUAACUUGUUCCUGACAGAAUUGUGCUCCGUCGAACAAUUGAUAAUUUCUUCAGGUAAAGCGAAAUCGGGUGGUGGAAUGGCCAUCGAUAGUGGCUCCGCUACCAUUCAGGGAUGCUCGAUAGUAAACAAUUCGGCAGUAUCUGGCGGGGGUAUGAGCGUACAAACCGGUUCGAGCUGUAACUUGUUAAACUCGGUCGUAUCAACGAACGUCGCUAAUGAAACUGGAGGCGGUAUCGGUAUUGAGAACGCUAGUGUCUGGCAUGACAAUAUGUCCGUGUUGUCUAAUACAGCUCGCACAGGUGGGGGUGUCUUCGUUAAGGGGAUGUCGACAAUGUUACAACUAAGUAACAGCUCUUCACAAUCAAUAAUUCGGGGGAACAAUGCGAAUCUAUCUUCAGGUUACGGUGGUGGGAUAUACGCUGCGCCAUCUAGUCAAGUAGAGGCCAGUGGACUUGCAUUGCUGGAUGGAAAGGCUUAUCGUGGAGCUGGGAUAUACGUCGAUGUUGCAGUAUUUGUACUAAAUGACGCAUUGUUUCAAAAUGGAAACGCAUCAGAUGGAGGUGGCAUCUAUGCUAGUUACGUUAGCAACGUAGAGUUAACUAACUGCUCUUUUAUCAAGAACAACGCCUCUCAAACUGGCGGGGGAGUGGCGAUGGGAUCUGGCGUUGCAAAGGGAGACAGCAAUACUCUGUCCAUGACUAAUUGCUCAUUAACUGGCAAUUCAGCUGGUACUGGAGGAGGUAUAGUACUGUCGCUGACGAAUAUGAAAGGAGCGAACUGUCUCCUGAAAAAUAAUGCAGCAAAAUGCGGUGGGGCAUUUGCCGCCGUUAGUGAGAGCUCAGUUCAACUCAUCAACUGGGAGUUCAUUAACAAUACGGUGGUGAAAUAUGAGCUGGGUAUCCAAGGUGGCACGCUGUAUAUCACCAAAGGUGUCGUCACAAUAUCCGAUUCAAGCCUUGUCAGCAACGAGAAAGCCACGUUGGCACUCAAUGGUGGUCUGAUCUACAUCGAAAACGCCGAUACAACCCUCAACGUUACCAACUCUUUGUUAGAAUUUGGCCAAGCGUAUACAGGAGGGUUAAUCUACACCGCAAAUGCUAAAGUGAACAUCAGAAACUCAACGUUGCACCGGGGCUUUGGGUACGACUUUGGAGCUGGUAUCUUUGCCGUGAACGCGCUUCUUGACAUCUCCGGCAGUAUUUUCCUUGAUAAUUUUGCCUUCUACGACGGCGGAGCAAUUUAUAUGACCGACGGGGGCCAGUUGUCGAUAGACAAAUCAUCUUUUGACCUCAAUGAAGUUCAGGACCGUGGUGGUGCUAUCUUUUUGGAUCCUGGAGCGACAAUCACAGCUACAGUGUUUAACUCAAACUUUACCCGGAACAAAAACGUCGGUUUUGGCUCGACAAUUUUCAUAGGAAGGAAAAACACAGCUCAGUUGAUGGGCUGUAUUUUAUCUGGUAACGGAAACGACGACACGGAAGGAGGCACACUCGCUGUAGUUGAUGCAAUUGUGGAAAUCGAAGAUUCUUUUUUCGAAUUCAAUAUUGCUUCGAAAGGGGCUGCUAUACAGAUUAGUCGAUCGGCGAAUCUAACGAUGCGGCAGACGAUCAUCCGAAACAAUUCCGCUAUUUUCCAGGGCGGCGCUUUACAUGCUUCGAUCCGAGCUGUCGCUACGUUCACUGACUGUACCAUCGAAGGAAAUAUUGCAGGGGAAGGAGGGGGUUUCUAUGCAAUGGGUUCUGCUGUUAUUACGGUAGCUAAUUCAAAUUUGACCGCCAAUAACGCAAAUGCUUUCGGUGGUGCUAUUUCAAUGAGAGGAAGUGCCGAGUUAACCUGCACGGGAAGCUUCAUGACAAGGAAUCAAGCGUACACUGGCGGUGCAGUUUCGAUUCAGGAGAAUGCCUCCUUUUUGAUCACUAACAGUGGAUUCCAAGAUAAUAUUGCAAGCGACUUUGGAGCUGGUAUCUUUGUUGAUAAGAGUACAGAAGCGAAGACUCAAAUCAUGGUCUGCAGAAGCUCUCAGUUUGGCGGGAAUACAGCUGCAGCAGGAGCUGACAUCUUCUGGGUAUAUUAUCCGUGGUUUAUGUUCGAAUGCAACGCCUGUAGCAAAAUAAGAGACCCUGAUACCGUCUUAAUUUCUACGAGUGCAAUGACAAUCACUCCCGGAUGGUGGCCUCCCAGCGUCACGAGCGGUGUAAGUCUAGGAGUCGACGUUAAACUUGAUUCCAACUCGAGUUCUGGACUGGCACCAACACCGAUUACUUCGACUCAAAAUGCAGCUAUGAAUUCGAGCUUAACAAAGCCAGGAUCAGGUGUGCUUUGGCCCACAAUUGUGGUUCGAGACUACUAUGGUGCGAUCGCAAUUUUUGACAAUGUGACGCGAUGUCGAGCAUCCUUAGCGGUUGGUGAACAAGGCCCGUUUUCUUUUUCUCCAACGACGUGGGUAACGGUUGAUGCAGGGUACAUCCUCUUCCAGGACGCCGAAGUACUUUCAAAAUCUAGAGACUACCCGUACAAAUUGACAGUCAACUGUACACUAUCCCCAGUUCUUCAAACGCAAAUUACUGUUGAUGUGACCGUCGACAAGUGCAAUCCCGGCUACGAAAACGUCAAUGGGCUAUGUCUCUCAUGCGAGAAGGGAACCUACAGUUUGGACGGUGAGAGAUGUUACCUAUGUCCUCCAGGAGCAACUUGUGAGCAAAAAGAUCAGAGGGGGACAACUACGGGAGUUAUAUCACCUCAGCGACAGCAAGGAUACUUUGUUUCGAAGACUCGUUCCACUUACGCUGCAUCCAGUUGUGACAAUCCAGAACUAUGGUUAGAUGAUGAUCCGUGCAAAUCCAUUGACGUACCCAGCCUUGCUGCUCGUAUCCACGAGUGCGCAAGUGAGAAACCGGAUACAUUUUUCAAGUAUUGGAGCCGAACCAGAGUAUACUCCUGUCUCUCCGGAAACGAAUACUACGCGUGCGAUACAAAUGCUGCUUGUGUCGCGGCCACUACAACUUCUAUGGCUCCUAAAGUCUCCAUCAGCACAGCAGCUGUCCAGCCAUCAAGUCAAUGUGCAGUUGGGUAUUCAGGUAUCAUGUGUGCUACCUGUGCUGAUGGCUACUACAAGGCGUCAAGUGGGACAUGCAGGCAAUGCACGGACCCCAAAGACCCUGCAGUAGCUCAAACUACCCAUAUGCUCGCGAUGCUACCCAUAAUUGUCGCUGUGAUAGCUCUCUUGUUUCUCUGUUAUCUUUUCUCCAACGCCGCCGAACAACGGGUAGUCAGUCAUGCUCAAGCUGCCAAGCGAUUCCAGAUUUAUGCCGGACAAUCGCGCGCUCGAGUGCUGCUCCUCGCAACCAAGGCCAGCAUCCAACGACGGGUCCGUUCGAUGAUACGAGCUGCAGCUAAGCGUGCUCGUUUUGGAAGACAAGAUCAUCCUUAUCUGUUCCAGAUCGAGCCCAGUGAUGUUGAAAUCCCAUCAUGGAGGCCGGAAAAGUUCAAAAUUAUGCUGGGUUUUUUCCAGGUUAUCGGGAGCUUCAAAGAAGUGUACGAAAUUCCGUGGCCAGACACUAUGAGCCGUCUCAUGGAUAUCUGCUCUUUAGCAGACUUUAACUUUGUGGAUGCGACGGCGGCGGAAUGUCUUUUUAGACGCGAUUACUUCACAAAUUAUCGUCUUGCACUAUUUGCACUGUUUGGAUUGCUUUUACUCGUGUUUUUAGUCACAUUUUGGGGAAUUUUGCGAUACCGUGUCAAGCUCUCAACACUCCCACGACAUUGUGUGAGUUGUGGGUUACCAGUGUUCACUCUAGAACACCGCUCUCCACCAGUUCUAGCACGGCGAGCAGAGUUGCUGGCGAAGCUUAAGGUGGAACAAAAGAUGAAGCGAAAAAAUGUUGAAGCUGACACCCCAAGCUUGAUUGGCCGUCUUAAAUCAACGUUACGAAGGUCUCCGAAGCAGACAUUGGAAAAUGUAGAGUCGUGGCGGAUUGUGCGGCUCGUAAUGCGUGCUCUGAACUGGGUGGAUCGAAUCACGCAACUCCCCGCUUCGUUAUCUACACACAAGCCGCGAUGUCCAACAUCCCAGCGUAUUAAAAAUGACGUUCUGGACAUGGUAGUGCACAGUAACCUGCGACUUUGGCGCGCACGUGUCUGGAUGCGUCUCUACUACAAAGCCUACCAAAACAGGUGCAUCAAGCUGUUCUUCUGGGUGUUGUUGUUGUUUUAUCCGAUGCUGUGCCAGCGUGUAAUUGGCACGUUUUACUGUGACGAAGUCGGGGAUCACUACUAUUUGAGCCUUGAUCGGAGUAACCUGUGUUAUGAGGGUACCUGGCUGUACUACCUCCCUAUCAGCAGCACUCUGAUAAUCUUCUGGGUUUUUGGUGUUCCGCUGUUGUUCUGGGUGAUAAUAUAUAUGAAGCGGACACGAGGUGUGCGCGAUACCCUCCUUCUGAUCCAAGAUCCGUCGCAGGAAUCGUUAAAGCAGCGUUUGCUACUCAAAAUGCGACUAGACAUCAUCAAUCACGGCCAAGUCGUCGACGAGGAAAAGAUUCAACUUUUUGAGACUGAAAUGCUUGGUCGCUUCUUGUGCGAUAGAAACUUGAACGAACCAAGCACAGUCGCCCAAGUAGGAUUCAUCUACCAUUCAUACUGCACACGCUUUUGGUGGUUCGAAGUCUGGGAUCUCGGCCGCAAGCUCUUGCUUAACUGCAUCAUUAGUCUUCUUGCCAAGGCUGGAGCCAACCGGGUCAUCUGUGGUCUUGUAGUCUUGCUCGUGUAUCUCUCCGUGAUGUUGUUCUACCAGCCGUAUAGAGAACCGUCCGACAGUGCUCUUGCUGGCUUGGUUCAUAUCCAGCUCUUCAUAACCCUCUUCUGCGGUUUGAUCCUGAAGAUGGGGUUGCUAUACCUCGAAGAGCGCGUGAUUCGAUUGGUGACGAAUGCAGCUAUCAUCACGAACAUGAUGACCUUGUGUUAUGCCGUAGUCAGCAUUCUCAACGAGAAGCGCAAUGCCAUUAAAUUCGCUCAGCGUCAAAACCGAGAAGAUCAUCGUCGAGCCAUCACCGCUCACGUUCGGAAACUCUGGCGUAAGGCACUCGGAUACGCCCUCACUGAAAUUUAUCUGGACAAUCCAGACGCUGGCCCGAUGCCGUUGUUGGUGAUGGCGGAGCUUGCUCGACGAAGAAGAUAUCAACAAGAACUGGAUGAUCUAAACGCUCAACUGGAACUCACUUCAGCGGUAAAACCAUCGCUGGCAGCUCACGACCAGCAGGAUUCGCUCUCAGCCUCCCAAAUUAACGUCUUGGAGGACGGAAAUGAUGCACCCGAUGAGCACAUGGACGAUCGGUUCGAGAAGAAUCCAGACCUGACCAACAACAAAAAACAAAUGUAA